UGGAAUAAAAUAGCAGGUCUCCCUCUCAAGAACCAUUCGCAAGUCUCCCACUCUCUCUCUCUCUCCGACACAAAUGGGGAAGAGCAAGGUUUCAGAUCCUCCAUGCUGCCAGAAGUACGGCGUCCCACUGUAUGGAGCUGCGUGGGCUCCACGCCACAUACGAUCGGAGCUUCUUCCGAAAGAACCAGACCAAGCAGAUGAUCCCGUUUCCGGCGAUGAAUCGCCGCCGUCGGAUGUCAUUGCCGCCAACAACUAUCUGGUGUUCGCCGGCGGUGGUGGGGAAGGCCGCAGCGGCAUCCCCAACGACGUCCUUCUCUCCCAAUUUGAUUUCGUCUCCAAUUCCCUCUCCGAUCAGCCUGUGGCUAAGCUUGGACUAGGUUCUGAUUUGCCUUACAGAAUGGCUGUGCACCCAGGUGGAGAAGGUGUUAUUUGUGCAUUACCAAAAAGUUGCAGAUGGUUUGAGUGGGGUAAAGUCAAGAGCUCUGACAUCCAUACACCGUGUCUAAAAUUGUCUAAAAAAAUGCUGACUGACUUAGAAGACAUUGGGCAACAGCUAUCAGUGACAUUUAACGAUGAAGGCUCUGUACUUGCACUCGGUGGUGAGGAUGGAAAAUUAAGGGUUUUGAAGUGGCCUAGCAUGGAAAUUAUUCUUGAUCAAUCAGAUGUUUAUACAGCAGUGAAGGAUUUAGACUUCAGCCCAGAUGGGAAAUUUCUUGCUUCCUUGGGUAGUGGUGGCCCUUGUAGGGUUUGGGACGCAACAUCAUCAACACUUGUAGCUUCUUUACCGAAGGAAAAUGAUGAGGUUUUUGGCUUCUGCAGAUUUUCUCAAAACAGCAAUAUGAAUCAAGUUCUGUAUACCACUGUGAUGCGAGGUCAGGGAGGAAGUAUUGUGACGUGGAACACAACUUCAUGGAAGAGGAUAGGUUCAAAGCAAAUAGUCCGUGACCCAGUUUCUGCCUUCAAUGUUUCAGCUGAUGGAAAGCUCCUUGCAAUUGGGACAAUUCAAGGAGACAUUUUAAUUAUCAAUUCAACCAACAUGCGGGCACAGACUUUGAUUAGAAAAGCCCAUCUUGGCAUUGUUACAACGUUGGCAUUUUCCGAAGAUUCAAGGGCUUUGGCUUCUGCAUCCAUGGACUCAAGUGCAAGAGUGACCUUAAUUCUUAAUAAGAAAAAUGGUAUGCUUCUGUGUUGCUUUCUGAUUGAACUUGUAGUGCUAGAAAACAUCCCAUUGGAAACUGGUAGGGUUCAAAUAAUGGACAAAGUCUGUUGUCCAAACUUGGGAAGUGUUAUAGCUAUGAAGGAACCAUUAAAAUGGCCAAAAUGUGUGCAGGGGAUAAUAGACAAGUUACUGGCAUAUUUACUCAUUCUAUACUUACAUUUUAUUACAUUUAUUUUGUACUUUAGUGACCAAAAGUUGUAAAUUGUUGUGCUAUUAAAUGUACAAGUGCGAGGCUGAGAUAGCAGGCCUGGGAUCAAAAUCAUACUGAGAUGGAAGGGCCUAUGCUCAAAUUAUGAGGACAGGGAAAUAAUGAUUAAUUGAGAAACCUAGAAAGUGAGGUUUAAGAUAUUGAGGUAAAUGAGUGGUUUAGUGGGAAGAGAUUUAUGAGAAAUUCUAUACCUCCGGCAUUUCCCUGAAUCUGGCACCAUUUGGUACCAGGAGGUUUUACCAUUUGCAUAUGCAAGCAUUAUGCGGCUGACAAUGCGUUUUUAAUAUCUAUUUGUCUAAAAGGUUUAAUCAUUUGCAGGCUUGAACUUGUGGGUUGUCUUACUCGUCAUCCUACUUGCAAUUGCUGCUUACUUCUGGAAGAUUCAAGGAAUCCUAAAUUAGAGGGCGUUUCCUUUGCUGCUUUAAACUUUUGAUUAUCUCCAGACAUGGUGACAACAGUGUUGAAGCGUAUAUUGUAGAGCUUAUGAAAAUUUAUUUACAUUUGGAAAACAUUUCUAUUGCAUGUCACUUAAGCUAUUGCAUGCCUACGGGAUGGUCUGGCCUACCCCAUCUGUAUCCAGGGAUCCAUCAUUUGUAUAUUUUACCCAUACAGCCUUCAAUGGAAGACCAUUUUUUUGUCA